UCAAUAAGUAAUGAAGGAGAACAGCAAUAAAAUUCGCAAAGUGCCUUUCCCCAUAAUUUAUUGUCCUUUUCGUUAUAAUUAGAAUACUUGCGAGUGGUUUUGCAGUCAAAUGACAAAUAAAUGAAAGGUUUACAAUACAUAUAUUCAUACACUUGUAUCGGAUGACGUGAGUUAUCACAUUUAGGAUAGGCCAAAUGUAUUUUAUGGUUGGCGGUGGAUAUCAAAGUUUGGUCCCAUUUUGCCUUUUUUAUACAUGAAGCCUGUACGAUUGUAGAACGUUCUUGGCCAAAGAUACUUCUAUCUGGGGACUAAUCAUGGAGUCGGGUAGGGGUGUGUUCGGACGGCGUGUUCAUUUUGUAGUUAUUUUUCAAGACAAAGUAAGCCUUUCUUGCUCGACAGUAAAAAGGGUCAUGUACUGAAAAGGAAUUCAGUUUCAGCUUCGCUAGAAUGGAGCCAACGCUGUCUACUUAUUGUUGUCAGGUGAUCGGGAUACCUCCCUUACCAUCUCUAACAACUCUCCGUCCAAAUUCUAGGACGGGAAGUACAUUGAAGUCCUUUCAUGACGGAAGGAAACGAAAAUGGUCAUAUAUAAAAUCACAUCUGGCUGCUGAACUCCCAAACUCCACUGUUGAUCAGACCAGCCAUUACAAACAAACAAAUUCUCUGGCUUUUGUGGAUGAUGCACCUUUGGGAUUUCCUCGGCUCGUGGGGAAUGCGACAUAACACCGGACGCCACUAUACUUAAUCGUUGGAUGUUCAGCCAUGAGCAUUCAUGGAACAAUUUUCGGUUCGAUACAGGAUUACUGAAUUGAAAUUUAACUUUGGAUAAACCAAACAUGAAAGGUUACUUUCUAUUAGUUGGUUUUAUGAUCGCAGUGGUCUUCGAAGAUACUAGGGGAGACCAUGGAACUCGAGCUAGACAUCUGCAUCAGAGCACGAUUCACUACCCAAUCGAUCUCUUGGAUUCUGAAGGUAAACCCGAACAAAAUCAAGUGCGCCUGGGUAGAGAUCUGACGGAGGCAUACCCCGAAACAGAUGACCAAAGCCGAGUUCACAAACGUAGGGACCUACUUGAAUCAAUUAAGGACAUCUUCAAACAAGACAGCGGAAGCAGAUUAUUCAAAUGCCCGCAUGUGUCCUGCGAUUCUGAGAGCCAGUGUAACGGCCACGUGAGUCAACACGAUGACGUCUGCUAUUGUGAUGAAUAUUGUGAAACUUUCUCCGAUUGUUGCGAAAACUACAAAAGCUGCACCAAGGAAAAUAGGAACAUAACUGUGUCGUAUUUACAGUACAUGAAUUGCAUCAAAAUACUUGAAGACAUCCCACAUUAUCUGUAUGUUUCUAGCUGCCCUCUCGGCACAAGUGAAUACGUCAAGAACAAGUGCGAAAACGACCAUAUUAGCAGUUCCUUAUCUCUGUACGAACGGAUACCGGUGAUGCACGAAAGGAUUCCAUUUCAGAAUGUAUACUGUGCUCAGUGUCAUAAUGUAUCUCUUUCUGAAACUUUAGUCUGGAGAAUCAACGCCUGUUAUAACCAAAGCAAUGAUUUUCUCCUCAAUCUGCGGGCCGUAUUUUCAACCAUAUUCGACCGUAUUUACUGUCCAGUAAAACCGGUUGAAAGCCCAAAUUUGCUGUUAAGGAGAUGUCCUUCGGUGUUUUCUCGUAUGGCCGAGCAGGUUCCUUCUAUAGAAGUUGACGGUUGUGGUUCCAAAGGGUCAACAACAUUUCGGUAUAUUUCUGAGUCGAGCCAGGAUUCGGAGUCCGAUGAUGUUGUCAAAUGCAGACAUCUGUCUUCUCCCGUGUUUGCUUACAGAAAUGGCACGUUAUUUGGAUUCAGAAAUAUGUACUGCGCGCGUUGCAGUGGCAUGUUUAGUGAUCUAACUUGCACGGAUCGCUUUAAGAACAGUCUUCUCGAACCGUCCACGACGCCGCAAGCAAACGGUGAAUACAUCGAUACUGUUCCGGUAAUAGCAAGCCGAGGUGUUGGGUUCGAAAUGAUUAUGAAAAAGAUGAGUAAGCCUAAAGUCUAUGCAUUUCAAUGUUACUCCCCACCAGGUAAGAAUUAUAUCUAUGACCCACUGACUAAGUCGUGUACGGAGACACGAAGAUGUGAUAUGAGUCACGUUGAGUGGAAUGGGACCUGCUUGAGGGACCCACUCGACCAGGCCUAUACAAGUCCAACUAUGGGGCUCGAUAGCUAUCAUCUCACUGUUGAGGUACAACUGACGCUGAGCAAACCAUUGACACUUAUCACCACAGAAAACAACUCGACGCGUAACAAUUUCGGUGAUGCCUUCCAGUAUGCGUUCUCGGUUUACUUCAAUUUACCUCUAAAGGAAAUACUCAACAUUACCGUGAGCUUUAAUAAAGAUUCGUUGGUAGCAGUUCCACUGAUUGGAGGCACUGAGCUAACCUUUAAGGCUAACACUACAUUCACUGUCAUAUUUUAUAAGUUGAGACAUUCUAAUGACAAUUCUGCUGACAUGUUGAAUACUCUGUCGUUUAUCAAGAGCAAUGGGAACUUUCGAAAUGUCAAUGUCUCUGUGGCUGGAGUCUAUAGCCGUCCUGUUAAAUUGCCGCUGCAGUGUGACAUGGGAGUUCUUGUGCGGUUGGCAGUUGAUGAUACCUUGAUGAGUUACCUGAAACAUGUUCACGGCGCCCUCAAGGAUCUCCAGCUCGUGUCUGAAACUGAUAGCAGUGGGAAAGUAAGCAUCAUCCUUUGUGAUCUCUAUGCCGCCAAGUUUAAAGACUGUAACGUAGUUAACCAAAACCUGAGUUCAUUUAGACAGGGAAACGUCACAGGGGGAUUGGUGUAUCUCGGAACAGGAGAGGUUCUCGACACACCAUAUGCCAUCAUAGGCAACCAAGUUUACAUUUGCAUCAGAAGUAGAAUGACAGUAUUAUAUUACUCUUCAAAAGUCCAGACUGCUUUAACAACGGCAGGCGUUUCGCUCUCCCUGCUCUUCUUGGCGAUGACUCUGAUCACACACAUAGUCCACAGACCUCUGCGGACUCUACCGGGCCUCAUGCUAAUGAACCUCUGCGCAACUCUCUUCGUUGCUCAGCUACUCUUCAUAACAGCUGUCGGUCACAUCUCCCACAAACUCGCAUGCCAAAUCAUGGCCAUGAUCAUCCAUUACCUCUGGUUGGCAACAUUCUUCUGGAUGAAUGCCAUCGCUCUGAAUUUGACCAUGACCUUCGCUGGAGGGACGAAAUCCGCCCUAUCGCGCAAUUCGCGCACAAAGGUCCUGAAAUAUUCUGCCUACGCUUACGGAGCUCCAGCAGUCAUUGUCAUUACGUGUGCCUUCCUGGACAAACUGGGGAAUGUCCCCAUAGGUUAUGGACCCGGUAUAGACGAAGAAGGUGUUUGCUGGUUCACAAAGGAGCAGGGUCUGAUUUAUGCAUUCAUCCUUCCCGUAGCCCUCCUCAUUGGAUUAAACGGUAUACUGUUCAUCAUAACGAUCGUAGCCAUCGUGAAGGCCAAGAAGCUAGGCAAGAAGGCCAAGGCAGGUACAUGUAAAGGAACCAAGCUGGAGUUCGUCAUCUACCUAAAAUUGUCCCUGCUCAUGGGCUUCACUUGGAUUUUCGGGUUUGUAGGAACCUUCACGGACAAUACGGUCAUCUGGUAUCUGUUUAUCGUUUUCAAUACGUUACAAGGAGUUUUUAUAGGCGUUGCGUUUGCGUGUAAUAAGCGCAUUUUUGGAAUGUGGCGUGGCGUUACCACCGUGACUACGUCGGGGGCGUCCAAUUCAAGAUCCACCAGUUCUACGAUUCGGUCAUCUUAUGUGUGAAAUUACUUAAUUUUAAAGGAAAAGUGCCUUUUGGAUACGUUGGCAUUUGAUUAAGGGAAAUGAGGCGAUCUGAUGAUGAACCUGAUCAAAACUCUGAAUUUAAACAUUUGUUAAAUGUUUGACGUGUAGAUGUCAUUUCAUCUCCUGGUAUUUGAGUCUCACCGUCAGUAAGCAGAUUUUGCUUUUCGUUACAACAAGGAGUUACAAGGAAGUGUGCUUCUAAUUAUAUUCUUCUUGUGUUUGCUGCGGAGAAGCUCCCAUUAACACUGGCAUUAUUCAGUCGAGGCUUCUUAGAGAAUACUCGCAUGAACGACUGGCGAAAUCGCUUCCCUAAUAGACAGUAGACAUAAAAAUUUACAACGCUGUCUAGAUAUCCCAGAAAGUAUGCGGCAUUAUGAACCAUCAAAUAUUGUACUUUCGUCAAUUUAUUCAAGUCGAAUUGCCUUAGAAUUGCACUUAUCUGCCACAGGCUGCUGGGCGACUCCAAGAGCACGAAAACGACCACGACACCGACUACCCGUACCGUAACGGGCUUUGUCUUAUCCUUCCGCUUCGAGGAACCGCUCUGAUCCCGGGCGAUGGUGCUCUUUGCUGCUGCUCUCAGGGCAGAAACGAGGGAGGCGGUGAAGAAGAUCAAGAUACAAGUCGGGAGGAACGCCAUCAAAAACAUGCCAAACACAUAUGAGUAAAUGAUCAAAUAGUACCGGCUUUGCCCGAUCUCCGAAUAGUCCCAAUAGGGCAUCUUCCUACCCGUACACGCAUCGUACUGAUAUUUAGUUUCAGUGUAAAGGAGAGUUGGACUUUGAAAAGCAAAAGACACUAUCGUAAUGACGGCAACUGCAAUGCGGGCGUUCCGUAUAGUGCAAAUGUUUGCUACCUGUAACGGCCUUUUCACUGCAAUAUAUCGCUCCGCCGCCACGCAGAUUGUGAUGUAAAUUGACAUGGUCUUUGUGAACCAUCGAAAUGUCCAUAAGUAGCGGAAUGAUGCUUCAAAGAAUUCGAUAUAAGCCAUAAAGACACCCAAGUAGUCCGGUAAACAAAUUAGACUCCUUACCAAUAUGAACGAGAAAAGUACCAGAUUAUCCGCCAGCGCCAAUGACCGCAACAGCACGGAGGUUGAUGUGAAUGGUUUUUCACAUCCGAUGACUAUAAACGCGAGGGUGUUCCCAACCAGGCCUAUAAAAGCGAACAAGAUAGCCAGUGGAAAAUAGAUGACGAAAUUGUAGAUAUUGUAAGUCCCGCUCAGUGGAAUCUGAUGAAAAUAGGAAUAAAAACAUUUCACUGUUCCUGUCGUUGAAGUCGACAGGAAUUCUGUAGUUGCGUUAUCCAUGACACCAUUCAGAGUCAAGCGUACAUGAGUUAGAUUAUGAUUGUCAAGGAAUUAGUCGUGCCCAAAACAGGAAAUAGCUCGUGAAGUCUUAUCACUUAGAAUGAAAACGACGAUCCUAACAUUUUUACAGCAUCGUGCGCAUUCUUACACUAGUAUCGUUUCGUUUUUACAUUGUCGUCAUGUAAAGGAUAUCGUCACAUUUUGACACUGACUAUUGUCACCUGUUUACACUAUCGUCACAGCUUCACGUAUUUAUAUAAUCGUCACUUUACACUACGUGUACAUGUAUCUUACACUAUCGUCAGGUGUUUGCACUAUCGUCACAUUCUCACAAUAUCGUUCCAUCUUUAUACAUGUACAGACAUCACAUUCUUACCCCACCUUCACCUUAUGAUGCUAUCAUCCCGCCGUGUGUUCACUCUCGAAACAUUCUAACACUGUCGUCACGAUUUUACACUGUCGUUACAUGUUCAUCGUUUACACUGCCGUCACGUUUCACCAGUUUGGGAUGGCUUUAACUACCGAAUAAAAUGUCAAUGAAACACAGUGUUGACUUUUUUACCUUCGAGUUAGAGAUGCUUCCACCAUAUGUUUUCUGAGAACACUCAAAUCGCCAAUAAGAAGUUACAGUCAAAUAUACAUGUACUGUGUCCACAUUCGUGUCAAAGUUAGCCUAUACACUCAUACUCUCUCUUUGGCGGCAGAAGAAGGUCAGUCCUUUGUCGACAUAAGGUUUGGUACAGUAUCCAUGUGUUGCUGCAUAAUCUCACAGUCCAUGGUUGGCGUCCACAACU